AUGGCAAAGUAUUUCAAUUCCAUUGUGCCUCUCUCGGAGAAUUACCCCCUUAAGAUUGAAGAGGAACGGGGUAGUUUACAGAUAUACGGUUGGGGUGAUGGUCUGACACACGAAGACGAGGCCCAGCAAGUCGGUAGUCACGCUAGCAGCAAAACCUACAGCGAAACUCUGUCCAUGUGUUCUACGUCGGACAGCGGCCAAGCUUCCUAUGGUUUUAAUGACAAGGUGAAUCGCCUCGAUUUCACGCCAUGCACGGUUAACAGACUUCUCGCGAGUUAUCUGGAUCACAUGCAUGUCUUCCAUCCUUUCCUCGAUAAAGCACGGCUAAAGAAACAGGUGGACGCAUUUAGAACGGAUGUCGAUGAGGGCGAGCCCACAGCCGUUCCGAUCUACGCACGACCUGCACAAAGCCAUGUUCGGCCUCCAAAGACUGGAGGGACCAUAACAGAUGCAAUCAUCCUACUUGUCCUUGCAUUGGGCGCAGUUCUGCAGGAAGAUAGACUGAUCAGGGGUUCUCUCAACCCUCGCAAUAAAAUUGCCGAGUCAAUCCACUCUCCUUCGACACGAAUGCGAUAUUCACCUGUAACCUCAAUAGGUCUUCGGUCGCCUGUCGAAGACAAGGAUCCAGGCAGCCCAGCACGUUUAAACAAGGAACUCAUGAAUCUGGACGUUAUUCCUGGUCUACACUACUAUGCGUAUGCGUAUGCGUCCAAUAUCCUUGGGAAUCUGUACGGUGGUAACGAAGUUUACCAUGCCCAGGCGUUUCUACUAGCGAGCCUCUACAUGAACCAACUUGGUCGUGGCUUAGAGAGCUAUAGCUGGAUUAAUGCUGCAGCCCGGGUUAUUAGGUUCAACCUUAGAAUAAAUCACGUAUAUGUGAAGCCUGACCCUACGGACCCUUCUAAAUAUAAUCGCCAGCAGCAUCCCGAUAAUCUACCUCCUGGUGAGGUAGCCAAGUUUAAAAUCAAGAUGAAUCUCCUCAAGUUCGUAUAUUGGUCAGCAGUACAGCUUGAAAGUGAUAUCCUUGCAUAUUUGCCACUACCAACAAGUCAUAUAACACUUUGGGAAGAUCGAGUUGCCUAUCCGAAAGAUCAACCAGUGUCUGGCGAAACGGGACAAGUCGAUAACCAGCGUGACAUUAUCAUAGUGUUGUUUUUGGCACAGAUACAGUUCCGUAAGAUACUCAACCAGGUCCCUAUGCAUCUAUCCACCUUAUGGGACCAUCCACCAGACAGCUUCCCAGCUGGCGUCUACGAGCCUCCAUUCGGUAGAGAGGCGUCAACAGGCAUACCUUCGUUUCUCAAUUGGCUAUAUAACUGGCGAAACGUGAGUAAAGCGAUGGGCGUGGAUUGGGAUGAUUAUGACGAUCCUUCCCCCGAUCUGAAUAUUGCUAGGCUACGGGCGGAAUACUAUGGAGCAGAAACAAUCAUUACUCGACCAUACCUACACUACGUAUACCAUUGCCCAGAAGCCGACCGAGAUGUACUUAAGCGAGCAUGGACUUACAUCAGAUCUCGAAAAGCGAGCUUGACGGCUUCAAAGCUCCGGGAAGCGGAAUGGGGGAAUUCACUUGAAGAUCUUCUUGAUAGUGGUCCAACUCAGUCUUGGGAUGGCAUUAGUACCAAAGCCAUCAGGAGCAUGCUGCUUAGUCAUACUUGUAUGUGGUCCUCGAUCCGGAGUACGAAAGCUUUCGACGGUAUUCCAACGUCUAAAGGUAACGAAUAUUUUUGGCACAAUCCAUGCUGCUGCGAGUCUGUAUGGUUUAAAGACCUUGACGGGUUUGCCCCGAUCCAUGAAAUCCCCGAACUCCUUGAAGAAACAAUGCACAAAUGCAAAACAUACUCAAACCUCGCACCAGCUCUUGUCAGAGAUUAUCAGAUUUUACGCCAAGCUUCAGAUAACAUCAGAGGAUUGAGAGCAUCCAGCACGUAUUAG